AUGAGCCAACUCGUUUGCCAGGCCCAGUGGAGUGCUGAGGCUGCUUCAAGUGGACAUCAUGACAAGAUCAUGGUCCAGAAUCUAGAGGUUGUUGUGAAUGCAGGCAAAGACGUCUGGGGGCGCCAGAAGAAGCAGCGCGCCUUGAUCAGCGUCACGUUGACACUGGGGAAGCAGUUCACAUCGGCUUCUUCUACGGAUUCUGUCGAUGAUAGUACAGUUCACUAUGGUACGCUCAGCAAGGCCAUACAAGCACGCUUUAAAGAUGACACCAUGGCCUGGAUGUCAACUGCCGCUCUCUCGGCUGCUGUCUCUAAAAGUGUACGCGACGUCGCAGGCUCGACAGACAUAUAUGCGAUCGAAACGAACAUAUGUUACAUGAAAGGCAGCAUGUUCGGCGAAGGCGCUGGACACAUUACGUCUCGCAUUGAAGGAACUGGCACCCGUUCGAACGUACUGUAUCUGCGCGACGUCCGCAUCCCAUGCUUGAUUGGUGUCAACGCCAAUGAGAGGUUGCAGAAGCAGCCCGUAGUCCUCAACGUGUGGGUUGACAACAUACAUGACUCUCGUGUUGAAGACUACCCCCAAUUGGAGGCCCUCUUGUUUGAGUUGAUAUCCGGGUCUACUUUCCAAACUAUUGAGAGCCUACUAGCGUGGCUGGUUGAAGAACUUAGACAAAAGUUCUUCACGCAAGAAGUAGACCAGAGCGCAUGGAUCAAGCUGAGGAUCGAAAAGCCUCAUGCUGUGCCUUUUGCAGACGCACCCGCCGUCGAAGUAACACGACCAGUACGGUCGAACUAG